UGUUACACAAUCUCCACAAUGGCGAUCAGGACAAAUAGAGUUUAUAAUUACGGAAAUGUGCCCCAAACGAAUUUCCCAAAUAUUCAGAGAAAUAAAAUGUUCAGUCCUCUUGGAUUUGCAAGGAACCAAAGUCAAAAUUUGUCAGCAAAGAAUAUGAAGAGACAUAGAAGUCAUAUAAAGUUCGGCUCAACUCCUAGAUCAAAAAAUAUACCCAGCAAGAGUAGGAAUAUGCUCAAGUGGGGUCAUACGACCUCAAGAGGAUCCCAAGUUAAGCAUCUCUUUCCAAUGACUCUUGAAGAAGCCAAAAGAGGACGUAAUCGUGAUAGCAAGUUUACAGACACUUUGCUGAGUUCAAUGUCAUCACCCUUAGCUCCAAAAGCUACAUCCACUGCAAUGAAUUUCUGGAAAAAGAUGAUAACUAAGCCAAACAUCUCAGACAUCGAAAGUCAAAUCCAGGAAGACAAACAAAAAGUCGACCGUCAACGAGAACUCAUGAAAAACAUCAAAGAUCUCGAAAAGAAGCACAACACUAAAGUUCCAUACAAGCUGUUUCACACACUAGACAUGCCCACAAUCCAUGGUUAUUUUAAAUAAGGUGGAGAGGAAGAAAGAACUACGUAAAAUAAUCAUCACGAUCCAAGCCUGCGUGAGAGGAUGGCUGCAAAAGAAAAGAUAUAAGAAGCAUUUACAGAAUAAGAUCAGGCUUGCAGUGAAGGUUCAGAGAUCGUGGAAAAGAUACUAUCGCAGAAUCAAGGCAAAGAAACAAAAGAGAGUAGAAUAUCUCGCGAAAAUAGUUAGAAUCCAGUCUUUCUUUCGUGGCUUUCUCACCAGAAAGAAAUGGGACGAAAUGAUGAAGGAUAGACUCAUCUCUAACCAGCAGUAUUUCGAGAUCAUGAGAGACAGAGUCAAAGAUGAUGCUGCAAUGGUCAUUCAGAGAGUCUGGAAAAGUAUAGUAGAAAGGAUUAGGAAAAUGAAAAAGGUAAUUUCCCUUCUCCAUAGAAGGAAGAAAAGAGUCAUAAUUGCUAAAUGGCGGAAAUACAUGAAGAAAAUAAAAAAGAGUAAAAUUCAGAAGAACUUAUAUGGCAAUUCUUACAACUCCAGCAACCAGGAACCCAGAAAAAGUAGUGCCGUAGACAAUUUUGCUAUUUCUAAACUUCUAAAAAGGAAGAGAAAAGCAAAGGAUGUCUCUGAUAAUAAAUUUCUCAAAGUAGCUAACACAAAAACGAAGGCAAUGGCCAUGCUCAAGAACAGAUCUUCACCGAAUGAACAACUGAGUAAGGCCAAAGCACCAGUCCCUGAGAAGGAAGAGUUCCUAUCGACUAGGAUGAAGAGCGAGAAUCAUGUGAUUGUAGAGACCAAAUCCGAUUCGGAUAGUUCACAAGAAGGAGAGGAAUCUGAGGAUGAAAAGAACCAUUCUGAUGAUGACAUGUUAAGUAAAAGUAAGUCCUCACAGAGAAAUAAGGAGGAUGUUGAGGAGUUACAGCAGUUUAAGGUGGAAGAACCGGAGAUUGUGGUGUUGAAAGCGGAUGACAAUUCACCACAAGAGAAGAAGGCUAAGUCUGUAGCGAAGUCUACGAUCAAGCCUCCUGAAUUAGGCCAUAAGAAAACGCAGAAAUCUGAGGCUUCUUCGUUUAUGCAGACUGAAGAGACAGCUAAUCUGAAGAAUUGCUUUUCCCAGUUGCCGAAGAAGUUGUCUAAAAUGAAAUCAAAGGCAAAGAUCAAAGGAAAAAUGAAGAAUAAUUAAUCUCAAUUUAUUCAGACAAACAG